CAGCUGUCUCCGCGUGAGUGCUGUCCCCGCGCGGGCUCCGUAGCGCGUGUGCAGGCUGACGCAGCUCCCGGGCCCUCCUCUUGCUCUGCAGCGGCGUUGGCGGAGUUUUGGGCGUUUGGGAGGGGGCGAGGGAGCCAGAGUCGAGAGAGGGAGGCGGUGGCGGCGGCCGGGAGGAGGAGGAGGAGCAGGCGCCGCCAUGGCCGCCGCUAUCACCGACAUGGCCGACCUGGAGGAGCUCUCCCGCCUGAGCCCUCUGCCCCCCGGCAGCCCUGGCUCAGUGGCUCGUGGCAGGGCUGAGCCCCCGGACGAGGAGGAGGAGGAAGAGGAGGAAGAGGAAGAGGAGGCGGAGGCCGAGGCUGUGGCGGCGCUGCUACUGAACGGCGGUGGGGGCGGCGGAGGCGGCGGCGGAGUGGGGGGCGGCGAGGCAGAGACGAUGUCGGAGCCAAGCCCCGAGAGCGCCAGCCAGGCUGGGGAGGAUGAGGAUGAAGACGAGGAGGAGGAUGAGGAGGACGAGAGCAGCAGCAGCGGUGGUGGCGAGGAGGAGAGUAGCGCUGAGAGCCUGGUGGGCAGCAGCGGCGGGAGCAGCAGCGAUGAGACUCGCUCGCUGAGCCCCGGUGCCGCCAGCAGUAGCAGCGGGGAUGGGGACGGCAAGGAGGGCCUGGAGGAACCCAAGGGACCGCGGGGCAGCCAGGGCGGCGGCGGGGGCGGCAGCAGUAGCAGCAGCGUCGUCUCCAGCGGCGGCGACGAGGGCUACGGGACCGGGGGUGGUGGAAGCAGUGCGACCUCCGGGGGCCGGCGAGGCAGCUUGGAGAUGUCGUCGGAUGGGGAACCCCUCAGCCGCAUGGACUCGGAGGACAGACCUAAGGACAGCUCUAACUCGGAAACAACCCCCACAGUAGGCCCAGAUCCUCUGUCGGAGCUGAAGAGGCCCUUGAUGUACACACCUCAGUACACAAGCAUAAGCAGUACUAUAAUGGAUGUAGACAGCACAAUUUCCAGUGGGCGUUCAACUCCAGCAAUGAUGAAUGGACAAGGAAGCACUACUUCUUCAAGCAAAAAUAUUGCCUAUAAUUGUUGUUGGGACCAGUGCCAGGCUUGCUUCAACUCUAGUCCAGAUCUGGCAGAUCACAUCCGUUCCAUACAUGUAGAUGGUCAGCGAGGAGGGGUAUUUGUUUGCUUAUGGAAAGGUUGUAAAGUAUAUAACACACCGUCAACCAGUCAGAGUUGGUUACAGAGGCAUAUGCUGACGCACAGUGGAGACAAACCUUUCAAGUGUGUUGUUGGUGGCUGCAACGCCAGCUUUGCUUCUCAGGGAGGGCUAGCUCGCCACGUACCCACACACUUCAGUCAGCAGAACUCCUCAAAAGUUUCUAGCCAGCCAAAGGCCAAAGAAGAAUCCCCUUCUAAGGCUGGAAUGAACAAAAGGAGGAAAUUAAAGAACAAAAGACGACGCUCAUUACCACGACCGCACGAUUUCUUCGAUGCACAAACACUGGAUGCGAUAAGACAUCGAGCCAUAUGCUUUAACCUUUCAGCCCAUAUAGAAAGUUUAGGGAAGGGGCACAGUGUCGUUUUUCAUAGUACUGUAAUAGCUAAGAGAAAAGAGGAUUCUGGAAAGAUAAAACUUUUGCUUCAUUGGAUGCCUGAAGACAUUUUGCCUGACGUGUGGGUGAAUGAAAGUGAGCGACAUCAGUUAAAAACUAAAGUAGUUCAUUUAUCAAAGCUACCCAAAGAUACUGCCUUGCUUUUGGACCCAAACAUAUACAGAACAAUGCCGCAGAAGAGGUUGAAGAGAACUCUGAUAAGAAAAGUGUUCAAUUUGUAUUUAAGCAAACAGUGAACGACAUUUGCAAUCAACUAAAUAUUCGACUUUCGAAUUAGGGCUGAGAAUUUCUGUUAAAGAGUGUUGCCGUAUGUCUGGUGGCUCCCUAUUCAGGACUAGGGUUUUCUUGUGGAGUACAGUAUGUUAAUAUUUACCUAUAUAACUAAUCUGUUAAUGGUUUUUGAAAAACCUUUACUUCAAAUAUUUGAAUAAUCCUCAUUUUCAUUUUAACCUCCAUAAGCCUCUAAUUUUUUUUUUGAGGAAAGCAUUUGGUUUAUUAGUUUUUUUCAUAACAUGAGAAAAAUUGUAUUUUUUUUAAAGUAUCUUCAAACUGAAUCCUUUAUGCACCAAAGUUGGUUUUGAAAAGGAAAAUAAAAUCACUUUCUUGCUUGGUUAAGCAAGAAGCCAUAUGGAUUUUUUUUAACUUACAGAAAUGGAAAUAUGUGUAACUUGUUAGUAUUGUAUCAAACAAAUGUUCCAUAGAGAUAAUAGAACAUUGCUUGUAAAUAAUUCAGCAGAUUUGUAAUAUAUUUUUAUAUUAUGAGAUGUACUGUAGAUGUUUUUCUAGAGGCAUGAAAGUUAAAUGUAUAUAUUAUGGGUAGAAAUAAUAUUGAAGGAUAUUGUAAUUCACUAGUGCUGCCAGAGGAAUUGUUAAUAAAGCACCUUCUUUAACAAUAAAUGUCUUUUUCAGACUUAAGGGACUAUGUACUACUGUUAAUAUCUUUAAGAACAAAACACAUUGAACAUCCUUCCAGAAAGUCUUUGAGGGAGGACCUGUACCCAUAAUAGAAUUAUGGCACUCAUUUCUGACAGUGACCGUGAAGUCAAUCAUUUCCUUACUGUUGGAAGGACAUAUUGUAAAGUAUGUGGCUAUAUGCAGUCAAACUGCAGAAAAUACUCCUGAUUGAGGAGUUUUCACUUUACUACAAUAAUAUAAAAACCAGCAGUUUUUACACUAAAUUUUUUAAAGAAAGAGUAGACAAAAAUAUAGAAUUAAAACUUUGGUUCCAAAAUGGGAAAGUUCCAUGCUACAUAAAUCAUUUCUCAUUUACUUUAAAAAUAUUUAAAAGUAAAAAGUAUGGGAGACUUUAUUCAUUAACAAUGGGGUAAAGAGCUAUAUACAUGAAAUGGGUCAUAUAAAAUUAAAUGAGGUGCAAAUAGAAGCACUGCCACUAUAAGACAUUCUGGAAUGGUUGUUUAGUAGGGUGUUAUGAUCUGUAGCAAAUGGGAUUUUAUUUUUAAAAAGAAAAGCCGUAUGUUUUCUUACUUUUUAUUGUUCUCCUUUGCUUAAGCACUUCAUUAAUUGCUUUAUUCUGUAUCUGCGAAGUAAUCUGUAAUCUUUGUUCUUUUAAAAUUUUGAUUUGUUAAAAAAAUUGCCAAAUAGAAGUGUUCCAGAUAUAUAGUUUGUACCUGUAUUUUUUAUUUUAUUGCCUCAUGUUCUUGUACGUCAUUCUUAAUUGACCGAUGAUUGUAGACCAUGCCUGAGUAUUUUUUCUAAUAAAACAAAAGCAAAUCACAUUUAGCUUCAAAAUUGUAACAGUUCAAUUAAGUUCUCAAGCAACAUCUGAAAUAACAUCUAAUAUUUUAUUUUGGGACACUGCAAAUAAAUGAGUUUUUUCAUUGUGUAGGAAUAUUUAGAUGUCAGAAUCAAAUUUCAUGGUUAUUGAAUAGCCUCUGAGUAAACACUCAUGAUACCUUGCUGCUUAUCUGACCUUGGGCUGAUAUUAGUAACACACCAAAAAAUACGGAAUUGAAAUGGAAGAGUAUUUAACUUGUAUGUAAACAUUAUCACAUACUAGCACAAUUAUGAGCGGCAAGUAAUGUGAACAUUUUAAUUUAUAAUGUGUAUUGAGUGAUUGUACCCAUCUCUACUGUUCCUCCUAACUCCCAUGUAUGAGAUACUUAUAAUACGGUGUCUGCAAUGUAAUUAGUCUCUAACUCCAAACGCGUGGUCUGGCUCGGCAGCGGACAGACCCACAGGCACACCUGUUCAUGUAUGUGCCGUCCGUGACCGCUCGCUUCCUGUACUGGCAGAGUUGGGCAGUGAGGCCUUGCGGCCUGCAGAUUUGGAAUGUAUACUCUCUGACCUUUUAAGGAACAAUUUGCCAAUCUCUGGUGCAGUUGAUAAAGUUUUUGGAAAAAUACAUCUAGACCACAUAACCUACAUUUUAAUAUAACAGUGUUACUCUCGGUAACAUUAAUUUUCAGUGAAAGCUGUUUACUAUACAUAUCGCCUAGGUACCUGCAACAAAUGGUGUUGUGUUUACACUUUCACAUUGGACUUCUUCAGAGUUAUUAAUGCACCAUUCGUGUUUUGUAUUUUGUCUUACUAAAGAGGACUAAAUGAGAUUUUGUAAAUCAGAUCAUGUUUAAAUCACAAGGCACAUCUUGCUCGAUAUAUCUAAAAGAAUCUUAGAAGUGGAAAAUAUUGUAAAAUUUAAAGUCGUUUAUUUUUUAAAUAAACUUUUCAUAUAUAAUCUUCCUUAAAGUGGACACACAUGACUUCUGAGUGUCAGAUGAGAGGAGAUGAAUUGGGGAGUAAUUAACUCUGAAUGCGUAUUUUAAAAUUUGGUUUAUUCUCUUUGAAAGCACUGAUAAUCAUGUCAGUAAAUAUUUGAUUGUAAAACUUUUUUCCUUUCACAAAAGUGUUUUAAAUAUUCAAGUAUUCUUAAAAGGCUAGAAUUCACAGCAGUUAUUUAAAUUACCUUAUUUGCUAUUUGAAUUUUUAAUAUAUGACUAACAAAAGUAUUAGUAUUUGAAUAAAAUAUAAAAAUGGGAAAAUACGGCCAAAGUCUUUAAAAUGGUUUGUGGGCGGCGCUUCCUGUACUCACAACCUACAAAAAAAAGGUGUUCAGUACCUCUGCAGAGUUCUCUCAUAGGUGAACUAAUUCUUAUAUUGAGAAAUGGAUAUAUUUAUCUGUAUAACAAGGCCUAGGGGUUGCAGACUCAUAGGAAACACUAAUAUUUUUAGCCUUUUUUAAAAUAGGGGAGUUAUAUUUAUCAUUUGAUUGUUUUUAUUUUUAAGAGAAUUACAUUUGGGGGGAUAUAAAUGAAAAAUUUUUUUAUUCUAAAAAAUGUGGAAACUAAUUUUUUAAAAAGUAUAGAGUUUUGUUGUAAAUUUAUUUUUAUGUAUGUAUUUUUUUAAUUUCUAAAGAAUCUUUCCCUGGCUGGUGUGGCUCAGUUGAUUGAGUGCCAGCCUGCGAACCAAAGGGUUGCCAGUUUGAAUCCCAGUCAGGACACAUGCCUAGGUUGCAGGCCAGGUCCUUAUUGGGGGGCACGUGAGAGGCUACCGCACACUGAUGUUUCUCUCCCCCUCUUUCUUCCUCCCUUCUCUAAAAAUAAAAUCUUCAAAAGAAUAAUAUUUGACCUAGUAGAGCACAUUUUGCAAUUUAAGUCUGCAGAAUUAUGUAUGUAUUUUUGUCAUUUCUAAUGAUCAUGAGCCUCAAUACCCUUUAAAAUGUAAUGAAAUGCUGUAUUCUUACUUUUAAUUUUUUUAAAUUAAAAAAUAUGGUUACACAGUCCAGUUUAUUCUUUGAAUCAGGUUUGCAUGGUGUAUAACACAUGGUUCUUUUACUCUGAAAAUUAAGAAGCACUUGUAAGCAGUUAUAGCAAGAAUUGCACCCCAUAUUUUCUUCCACAUCAGUAUUCUUUCUACUCUACCAAACUGCUUUCACAGUGCAAGAGAGGAAAUCUAGUGUGUAUUGUGAUACCAACUAUAAAGUUGUUCUAGUGUUUCUGCCAUAGCCAGUUCCUAGCUUGAUACAAGGCACAAAAUAGCCACUGAAGUCCUUGUUGAAUGAGCAUUACAGGUGAGUACUUGCUAUAUAGUAAGAUAUUUUGGAGAGUUGUGGUCAUAUUAAACACUAACAGGAUUGAAGCAACCUGGCUUAAGCCACACUGCGAUAAUGUUACCUAACUUUUCAUAUGAACCUGUACUUGUUUGUCUGAAUAGUCUCUAUGUAAGGGAUUAUUGAUGUUACAUUUUUAUAUACUUGGUUUUUAGCAAAACCAAGUAUAUAUAAAUGUUACAUUUUUGGUUUGUUUAUAUGUUCCUGUUGAAGAAAAUUAUUUCAGAAAUUUAUCUCUAUUUGAAUCCCCAGUAGGUCUCACAUCAGAUUAUUAUAUGCCCUGGGGUUUUUUUUAGUUUGAGAAAAGUGUAAAAGUUUUUUUAGGAGACUGUGUAGCUGGGGAACAAUAAUAAUAGAUUGUAACCUAUGAGCAUGUACUCUUGAUAGCGGAGCCCAGGGCCAGUGGUUUAACACACACAUGGCUGGGCGUCGCAGAAGACCUGGCCGGGCGAUGCCAAGUGUGUGUGUUUCUGCAUUUUCUAAAUGAAGAGAGCCUAGUUAUUUUAGUACUUGCAUGUGUUUUUAAUGCCUUAAAAGAUUACAGUCAUGUCAUUUUUUUUGUAGAUGAGAACUUAAGUUUCUGUGUAUCUCAUGGUUUUCAGGGGGUUUAUAAGGAAGAUAAACGGUGAUAGGUAAAAAUACAAUAAAAAAUAAAAAUGUAAUACAGAAUAGUUAGCAGUUCAUUGAGGAUUUGUUUGAAGCAUCAGUAGUGAAGCUUUCUAGCCAAAAGUAAAAUUGAAAAAUAAUUUUUUAAUAUAUUUUUUUGUUAUUAAAGUUCUAAUUGCUGAAAUAAAGUAAUAGUAUAGAAUAAGGAUAGGAGUGAAAGUAAUCACUGAACUGGCCACACUUUCCUGGUCUUGAAAUUAAUACUUUGUUAAAUAUUAACAAGUUAAUGCAGAGGUGUUAAGAAGUAUACAUACUCUUUAGUGCAUAUUUAAGUUGUUACAUACCCAGGUCUAGGGUUCGGCUUUUACUCGACACCCAUAUACAGGGUGUGACAAAAGCAGGUUGCAGUUGAGAGUACGUGAAACAGUUUAUUCUUGUGAUUGUGUUGUUUUCCAUACAAAGGACUGGAAACCUACUUUUCCCACCCUGUAGAGCUUUCCGACUCUUCUUCAUGGCUAGAUGCAAUAUGCCAUACAUCAUUCAAGCAUUCCGCAUUGGUUCACGUCGAGAUUGCUUGCAUGUUUUCUGUCAUAAAGUGAAUACAACAGCAUCCUCGAAGCUAGUCUUGGAGAGAGGCUUCUGUAAUGUAGUUUCUUGGAAGGGGCUAUUAGCUAGACUUUAAAGUGUGAGUUGUGUCUAUUGCAAAUUCUGGUAUUGCCAAAAGCUUUGCCUGAAAUGGUGGUGUCACUAUAAACUCCCAUGGCCUCAAUGUGAAUGCAUUUUUCUCUGCACUGUUCCAAUACUUAAAUUUUACUCAUUAAAUUUUAGUCUAAGGUGGGAAGCCGAUUAAGAGCAUGAAGUGCCUGGGUUUAAUUCUCAGGUCAGCUGAAAACUGUGGCAUUGGGAAGUUUUACUUAAACUCACAGGGCCAGUUUUUUAAAAUUUGUAAAAUGGCACAUUAUUUCUGCUUACCCAGUAGGAUUUGCUGUGAGAUUAGAAAGAGACGAAUGUCCAUUGUUUUGAAUGAGUGUGGCCUGAGUCUUUACACUUCUCGAUCCCUACAAACCCGCUCUGCAUGUGGUCUUGUCCUUGGAAGAACAUCGUGUAGGUUCCUUAGAUUUUCUGAUUAGCCUUGGAUAAUAAAAAGCCUUUCAGUUAUUUGUAGUCACAAAAGUAAUUUAACACCUUAUCUCAGUAUCUCCUAAUCCAUUUUAAUUGUGCAAAUUAAAAGUUUCGACACUUGCAGGUUAUGAAAACACCCACACAAGAUAAAGAACAUUUCCAUCACCUCCCAUAAGUUCCCUAAUGCUUGUUUGUGCUCAUCCUCCCCCUUAGCCCCAACCCCACCCCAGGCAGCCGCUGAUCUCUAUGUAGACUGGUUUGCAUUUUCUAUAAUUUUAUAUCAGUGGAAUCCUACAGUAUUUACUCUUGCAUGUCUUUCACUUGCAUGCCUUUCACUCAGCAUGGAUCAGUAAGUACUCUGAAUAAGUACUUUGCUUAUUUAAUGAUAUUGAACAUAUUUCUGUACUUUUUGGCUAUUUUUGUUUUAAAUAGGUAUUAGGGAUGCUAAAUUGUCUAAACUCUUCUGGCUUAAGGUUAAGAUUUACUAAAAUACAAAGGGCUUUUGUCUGGGAUAUGAUUGGGCACCAUUAAAGACAUUAUUGAGGCAUUUUAAAAACAAGUUGUUUAAUCAUAAUUUUAUAAUUGUAAGGUGGUGUGACUUAAAGUGGAACUUUCAGUAUUUUAUAUUGGAAAUGUUAGAACAAGUAUUUGUAGGAAAGAAAUUCGUUGCUGUUGCCCUGGGAAUGUUAGGAAGUUCACUGUCAGCCUAAAUUAAUUAAGAUGUUAAUGGAAAGAUAAUCUUAGCAUCUGUAAGUGCAAGGCACUGCUCUAGAUGCUGAGGAUUCAGCAGUGAACCAAAUAAACAUUCUGCAUCUUACUGGACUUAGAAAUGUGUGGGUGGGAGAUGAUAGGCAGAGUGCAAAUGAGUAAAAUACACAGUGGGUCAUUUGUGAAUGCUGUGAAGAAGAAGGGGGGGAAGGACUAGGGAUAGAAUUCAUGAUACAAUUUAAGUGAGUAGUUGUAAGGCCUCAUUGACAAGGUGCCGUUGGACCAGAGCUCUGAAGGAGCUAGGUCAUGUAGGUAUAUGAGGGAAGAGCGUUCUGGCAGAGAGGGUCUGUAUAAAAACCCUUCUGGCAAGGCCGUUUAUUCAAAUGUGUGUUAGGUUCUUUACUUCCCCAGCAUGAGCCCAGGCAUUGGUGAUGCUGCAUGAACAAAAUGUUAAAAAAUUAGUUCCAUUUUCUCGGUGUUGAUAUUUCAUCAUGCUUUGGUGUACUGUAGCUCUGGACUUGAUUUGACUACCUUUGAGGAGAUGGGAAGCCAUUGGAGGGUUUUGAGCAGAGAAAAGAUCUGAAUUAAGUUCUAAAAAUACUGAUGGCUCUUUGAAGAAUUGACUCUCAGGAGCAAAGGCAGAGGUAGGAAGAACAGUUAAAAGGCUAUUAACAUAACCAGCCUGAGCUACCAGCGUAGCUCAGUGGAUUGAGCAUGGCCCUGUGAACUGAAGGAUCGCAGUUGGAUUCCCAGUCAGGGCACAUGGCUGGGUUGCAGGCCAGUUCCCAGCAGGGGCUGCAGGAGAGGCAACCAUACAUCGAUAUUUCUCUCCCUCUCUCCAUUCCUUCCCCUCUAAAGAUAAAUAAAUAAAACCUUAAAAAAAAACAAAAAACAGAAAAGCAUAACCAGUGACUGGACCCAGAAUGCACCGGAUGGUGGUCAUAUUUGGAGGUAGGUUUCCUGGGAGUUUGGAUGUGCUGUGAGAGAGAAUGGCUCCAGGAUUUUUGGUGGGAAGAGCUUGAACUACUGGUAGCAUGGUACGCCAUCCCAGUAGUGAUGGAAGGAGGGAAGUGUGGUGAAGGGUUGUGAGGGGUGAAUUAUGCUUUGAAUGGUUUAUAUUAGGGUGCUAUUUAGACGUCCAGCGGGAGUGUCAUGAGUCAGGAAUCUAUAGUGGAAAUGAUACAAGGUUAGAAGACUGAAUGCAGUUUACAUACUUUGAAAUCUAGGUUAAGUUGUUACACAUUCAUAAAGACGAGUAUCAUUUCACCUCCAGUAAAAAAUUCGAACUUCCUUAUGUGUCUAACUUGAGCAAGAGCAGGACCCUGGGCAUCUGGGAGCAAGUAGCAAGCAGCGGAAAUUCCACCCACUGAGACUUGGUGGAAACACUUUCUGUUGGGUUCAUCAAGUGUCAAGUGGUGGGACAGAAUGACCCAUGGCUUGACUUGCUUGUGAUAAAAUAUUUGGGAACAGAAAGACGACUGUCUUUUAUACCUUUUGUACCAACACCACUUGGGUCAUCUUCCAUCUUUCCUGCAGUGAUGUGGGCUAAGUAGGCAUUAACGUUGCCCACUUGAAGGAGUGGCCAUGAAUCAAACGUCAAGUGCCAGGCUCUGUUACCUUAGCUCAUUCAGGGCUCCCGUCCCCGAAGCUGCCAUUACUCCAUUCCGCAGUGAAGGAAACAGGUGCAGAGAGAUGAAGCCAUGUUCCCGAGAUCACGAAGACAGUGAGAAUUCGAAAGUCAGAGAAUUUGUGAACGAUAUCCUGGAGGAAGUGCUUUUGGAACUCACUGUAGAAAGACACAGUGAAUGCCAGAGGAAAUACCGUGUGCAGAAAAGGCAAAAAGUUCAGUACAAUUGUGUAGCUACUUAGUACCUGGCAUGUACAUGGUAUUUUGAAUAAAAAUAAGGUAUUCUGUUCCUACGUUCCAGACUCGGGUAUAGCGAGAAGAUUAUAGUGACAUUAAUGUAAUUUCUGUACAGUAAGGGCCGCGGAAACCCAGAGCAUUGGGCCAGCCCUGGAGGGCAGCGCAGGCUCCUCCAAGAAGGCGCCCCGGGUUAUAACCUGUAAAGACCACGUGGGACUUAGUGCUGGAGAACUGAGGAGAAGACGUAGUUUAAGACAGGGAUCUCCAGGUCCAUGUCGGGGACCGGCCUGGCGUCUAGGUGAAGCAGGAGGUGGAGAGUGGUUGGUGGCGAGUGUGCAGAGGAUGGUGGAUCCUCCGCGGAGGGCCCUACCGCCUCGUCCCGGUUUGGGCUCUGUGUGGAAGACGGAUGGGGAGCCAUGCAAGGGUUCGGGGAGAGCACGGAUGGUGACUGCCUGGCAGUCGGUGCGAGGCCGGUCAGGUGGAGUGGUCGGUGGGGAGACAGGUCAGGGGGCUGCUCGUCCUCGCUCUCCACGGGGGAAAUUAAAGGGAAUAAAUCACAGUUUUCAAAGAUGUUUAGUUUUACUGAAAAGUAAUUUCCCAAGACUUAAAAAUACUAGAAUUCAUUCCUGGGAAGCUUAAUACAUUUUCUUAAGAGUUUUUCAUGAAGUGUUACCUAGUAAAUAAGGUCACACUUGCUUCCAGGUGUGAGGUUGGGGGCUCGAUCAAGUGUCCUUUUUAGCUGUACGUUGUUCUGAUUGUGCCAUUACAUGUUUUCUUUCAAAAUGAGAUAUAAACAAAUGACUAGAGUAAUACAGUGUACAGUAUAUUGCCCAUUUUGUCCAAGAGGUAAAAACACUAAAAUCACCCUUCGAGCACUUAAAAAUGGUCUUGCCUCUACGGUAUGUAAUAUUCAACUGGCAGUUCUGCACAUAUAUAUUUCCAAAUAGUGAAACACGGCCUUCUUCACAGGGGACUAAGUAAAAAAUUAUUAUUUGUCUUCAGCAUUGUGGCUUAUUUUGUGACAUUGUGCAAAUCGCUUAGGAAUUAGCAACAUACAGAAUAUUUUCUGAAAUACAGAACUGUAUGUAGUAUAGAGAGGUUAGCUGAUAUUUGUUGUUUAUAAGGACAUUUGAACGUGAAACAGGUAUUCAGAGCAGCUUUAGUAAAUAUCAAAUAACUGAAAUUUAGUUUCUUUGCCAGAAAAGAAUAAAGGGCAAAGCAAAGUACAGAAAUGCAUCAUGAAGAGCAAGAUAGUGCGUAGUAGGUGUUUUCUGUGCCUGGGAAGAGGGGCGAGCAGGUCUGCCCUGGGCACCACUCCGUGGAGACUGCAGGUCGAGGUCCUUCCUUCCAGAAGGCACU